UCAAAGGAAUCAACAGCCGCCAUCUUGUCGUGGCUCGGAAUUAGGAUUUCUGUCCAGAACUGGUUUUUACCUGGACAUCGAGCGUCCUUUCUGCGCUCUGAGAGCGUUCUUCACCGGAAAACGUCAUCUUAACGUCGCCUCGGAGACGUUUUGAGCGAAAAAACGGGAACUGGAUCGCUGGUCGUCGGACAGAAAAGCUCCGUAUAUGUGAUUUCCCCUUCAGAGUGCGGCGAUUCAGCCCCUGUCGCCGUCCGGGAGCAGCCUUGUUUACCAGGACAAGCGGAGACCGGGUCGUGGCUUUCGAGGGGAUUUGCAAGAAGACGACAUUUUUAUGCAGUCGUGCAUUUCUGCGGAGCUUCGCGCGAUUUUUGCACGAAGAAAUUUGACGUCACGCAAAAUGGGUACUUCGAUCUAGAAAUUGCGACUUUCCCCCCGGAGCGCUGAAAUCCACCAGAUGUUAUCGCAUCGUUCCUGUGAAGUCGGAUCUUUACAUGGGGGAUAUUUUAUUCUGCGGUAUUUAACGAUGAUAAUGUGGGUGUUGGGUGUUGGAUUAUCAUGGGGUGAAUGGCGGUGGCGAAGCGGGGCGCUAUUGCAUCUCUUUUGAAAGGCACUGACUCGCGGCGACGAGUAGCUAACGCUAACAGUUAACUUAACUGGUAGCGGGCAAUUAGCAAGCUACUAGCCAGUUAGUUGACAUUAGCAGGCUGUCAGCUUGCUAAUGUGCUAACUGGAGAGGUUUGUGUCGAUCGAACAACUUCCCUGUCAUAAGGACAACUCAACUAUAUCAGCUUUGAACCUGCGGCCGGACAAGAGAGCGACUAUGGCUGAAAACCUGCUGGACGUCGGACCUCCCAACUCCAAGCGGCCGAGGCUGAAUUCACCUGCGCUGUCAGCGUCUGAUGGACAAGAGCUGGGAUCACUAUCCUGGGAUGAUUUGGAGAAUGACCUACCAGAUGAAUUGAUUCCUAAUGGUGGAGAUCUAAACCUUGGGAUGCCUUCAAAUGGUGGAGCAGCACCUGGAGCUGGGCCAGGUGGCACCCCUGCGGGUAGUGUCCCAGAUGCAGCUGCCAAGCACAAGCAGCUCUCAGAGCUCCUUCGAGCAGGUAGCACCUCCAGCAUCACUCCUGCAGGUCUGAACUCUGCUAGCCCUCAGCCAGGCGGAAUGGGGCCGCAGCUGGGUAAACCGCUGGGUAAGAGCCCCCUCGGCCAAGGCUCUCCCAACAACCACCCGUCCCCACAGGCCCAAAAAGCGGGAACACCAACUGGAAUAGCAGGACAGAACAACAACAAUACUACUGCAACAAUAGGCUUCAACCAGAACAUGAUCAACAAUAGCCAGGGACAUGCCGGGUUGCUGACCCAGGGCGGGCAGCCCCAACCUGGGCAGGUUAUGAACGGUAGUCUCGGACCUGGAGCUGGGAGAGGACGGGGAGCAGGAGUAGCAGGCCUGCAGUACCAGGGACAGACAAUUAAGGGAGCCUCUGCAGGAGCCGGAGGAGCAGCUAGUGCUUUGGCAGAGACUCUCAGCCAGGGAGGGCAGCAGAUGGGUGCUCAUGCCACCCUUAAUGCAGCCCAACAAGCAGGCAACAUGAGCAAGAUGGGCCUAGCAAGCAAUGGGGGUCCGUUUGGCACUCAGCCCUACAGUCAGGGUGCCACAGGGCCGGGCCAGAAGCUAAACCCUCAGCAGCAGCUCCAGAACAAGGCUGCUCUUGCCAACAGUCUGCCACCCUUCCCCAGCGAACUCAAAGGGGCUGCUGUCACAAGCGUGCCAAAUAUGCAGGCCGCGAUGCUCCCCCUGGCUGGCAGCGGAGGUGUGGCAGUGCCUUCGGCAGGACCUACAGCUGAUCCAGAGAAGCGCAAGCUUAUCCAGCAGCAGCUGGUCCUGCUGCUCCACGCACAUAAGUGCCAGCGUCGGGAGCAGGCCAAUGGAGAGGUGAGGGCCUGUGCCCUGCCUCACUGCCGCACCAUGAAGAACGUCCUCAACCACAUGACACACUGCCAGGCCGGCAAGUCCUGCCAGGUGGCUCAUUGUGCGUCGUCCAGACAGAUCAUCUCCCACUGGAAAAAUUGCACACGACACGAUUGUCCCGUCUGCUUGCCGCUGAAGAAUGCCAGCGACAAGCGCACCCAGCAGUCUAUGCUGAGCUCUCCUAGCACGGGCCUCCAGAACGCCAUGUCUUCAGUUGGAGUGGGCCAGCCCAGUGCUCCCACCAUUAAUACCUCAACCCCAAUAGACCCCAGCUCCAUGCAGAGAGCCUACGCGGCACUUGGCCUGCCUUACAGUAGCCAGGCCACUGGGCAGGCCUCAGCCCAGCAGGCUUCGAGCCCAGGACAGUCAGUAGGGUCACAGAAUGCACAGCUUUCGCAGCAGAUGAGACCCAUCAAUGCACUUGGUAACCAGAUGGCUCUUGGAGGUGCGGCAAUGGGUGUGACCACUUCAGAACAGACAAACCUGCACUCAGACUCCCUUCCCAACUCACUCAACACUAACAAUCAGCUGCUGUCAGAUGGUUCAGCUGUAGGAUCAAUGGGCAACCUACCCACAGCAUCACCUCUGUCUGCCACAGGCACCAGGAAAUCCUGGCAUGAGCACGUCACUCAGGACCUGCGCAAUCACCUCGUACACAAACUAGUACAAGCCAUAUUCCCUACCCCUGACCCAGCAGCUUUAAAGGACAGACGAAUGGAGAACCUGGUAGCCUAUGCCAGAAAGGUGGAGGGAGACAUGUACGAGUCAGCUAACAGCCGGGAUGAGUACUAUCACUUCCUGGCGGAGAAAAUCUAUAAAAUCCAAAAGGAAUUGGAGGAGAAGAGGCGAUCAAGGCUACAGAAGCAGAUCAUCAACCAGGCACCAAUGGCCGCUCAGGGGACGCAGCAGCCUGGCCUCGCACAGCCCAAUGCAUUGGGCGCAAGGCCACAGAAUGGGCCUGUUCCUCUCCCUAACAUGCCGAAUCAGAUCAUGAAUCGUAUGCAGGUUUCCCAAGGACUGAACCAGUUCAACCACAUGACUCUGCCCAAUGCCCAGAUAUCCCAGGCACCCAUGGGAGCUAGAGCUGCUUCACCUAUGAACCAUCCGCAGCAAAUGAACAUGAGCUCCGUCCCAGCGAUGGGCAUGUCUCCCUCCAGGAUGCCCCAGGCUCAGGGCAUGAUGGCCGGACAUGGUGGUGGCAACAUGGUGGGCCAGACGGCCAGCCAGGGACAGUUUCUUGCUCAGACCCAGUUUCCUCCAGGAUCUGCUGCAGUCGCUGCUACAGGCGCCAUGAACGUCACUGUGGGCCCUGGCAUGGGUCAGCCACAGGCACAGGCUGCUGUCACACAGCAGCAGCAGCAGAGUGCUAACCUCCCCAUGAAUGCACUUGGCCCCUCAGUGGGCCCUCAGUUAGCCUCCUCCCAAACCCCCUUGCACUCCACGCCCUCACCUGCUGCCUCCUCCGCCUCUACGGCCGGGGGGGCCACUAACCUGCCGCACCCCCAGACCUCCAGCCGCAGCUCCACCCCCACCCUCCCUGGCCCUGCUCCAGCCCAGGGUGCCACCCCGCCCCGUCCCACCCAGCCCCAACCCCAGGCAGAGCUUCCCACAGCAGCACAGACGCAGCCCCCUCCUCAGCCCCCUUCUACGCCGCUUUCUCAACCAGGAGCCAGUCUGGAUAACCGGGUGCCCACACCAGCCUCAGCUGCCAGCGCUGACCUGCACUCGAAGCAUGUCGGAGCAGACCUGCCUGUCCAGGAGAUCAAAGCAGAGACACACCACGGCAAAAAGGUGUUUGUGGCCGCUGGCUGCAAAUCUGAGAGCAAGAUGGAGACUGAGGAGGACUCGGCUUCUAAGUUGGUACCGAAAGAGGAGCCAGAGGGCAAGCGCGAGCCGAUGGAGGUGGAGGAGAAAAAGCCGGAAAUAAAGACAGAACCCAAAGAAGAGGAAGAGGGUGGAGCCAACGGCACAGCCGGCUCCUCUCCCUCUCAGUCUAGGAGGAAAAUCUUUAAGCCCGAGGAGUUGCGUCAGGCUCUGAUGCCAACUUUGGAGUCGCUCUACCGGCAGGACCCUGAGUCGCUGCCCUUCAGACAGCCAGUAGACCCCAUGGUUCUCGGUAUUCCGGACUACUUUGACAUUGUCAAAAACCCGAUAGAUCUUUCAACAAUAAAGCGUAAGCUCGACACGGGCCAAUACCAAGAACCCUGGCAAUACGUCGAUGAUGUCUGGAUUAUGUUCAACAACGCUUGGCUCUACAACCGCAAGACAUCUCGUGUUUACAAGUACUGCUCCAAACUGGCAGAAGUGUUUGAGUCAGAGAUCGAUCCUGUGAUGCAGGGCCUGGGCUACUGCUGUGGGAGGAAGUAUGAGUUCUCGCCACAAACCCUCUGUUGCUAUGGCAAGCAACUCUGCACCAUACCUACUGGAGGAACAUACUACAGUUACCAGAACAGGUACCACUUCUGUGAGAAGUGCUUCAAUGAGAUCCAGGGGGAGAGUGUGACAUUAGGAGAUGAUCCUGCACAGCCACAAACGAUGAUAUCAAAAGACCAGUUUGAACGGAAGAAGAAUGACGUACUCGACUCCGAACCGUUUGUUGAAUGUAAAGAUUGUGGACGUAAAAUGCACCAGAUUUGCGUCCUACACUACGAUGUCAUUUGGCCGUCUGGAUUCAUUUGUGAAAACUGCUUAAAGAAGAGUGGAAAAACAAAGAAGGACAACAAGUUCUCUGCAAAACGGCUGCAGUCAACUAGAUUGGGAAUGUACAUAGAGGACCGUGUGAAUAAAUACUUGAAGAGACAAAACCACCCGGAGGCUGGAGAGGUGUUUGUACGAGUGGUGGCGAGCUCCGACAAAACAGUGGAGGUUAAACCAGGCAUGAAAUCCAGAUUUGUGGACACGGGAGAAAUGUCUGAGACCUUUCCCUACAGAACCAAAGCACUUUUCGCCUUUGAGGAGAUUGACGGUGUGGACGUUUGCUUCUUUGGCAUGCACGUGCAGGAGUACGGCUCCGAGAGCCCAUUCCCCAACACUAGACGGGUCUACAUAUCAUACCUUGACAGUAUUCACUUCUUCAGACCUCGGAUUCUAAGAACAGCAGUGUAUCACGAGAUCCUAAUCGGCUAUCUAGAAUAUGUCAAGAAACUCGGGUACGCCCAGGGCCACAUCUGGGCAUGCCCUCCCAGUGAAGGAGAUGAUUACAUCUUCCACUGCCAUCCUUCUGAUCAGAAGAUCCCCAAGCCUAAGAGGCUGCAGGAGUGGUACAGGAAGAUGCUUGACAAAGCCUUUGCAGAGAGGAUUCUUCACGACUACAAGGACAUCUUCAAACAGGCGACUGAGGACCGACUGAUCAGCGCCAAUGAGCUGCCCUACUUUGAGGGUGACUUCUGGCCCAACGUGUUGGAGGAGAGCAUCAAGGAGCUGGAGCAGGAGGAGGAAGAGAGGAAGAAGGAGGAGAACACAGCUGCAUUUGAAACUCCUGAGGGUACGCCAGGUGACAGCAAAAAUGCUAAAAAGAAGAACACCAAGAAGACAAAUAAAAACAAGAGCAGUGUGAGCCGAGCCAAUAAGAAGAAGCCUGGGAUGCCGAAUGUAGCAAAUGAUUUGUCCCAGAAGUUGUACGCCUCCAUGGAGAAGCACAAAGAGGUGUUCUUUGUCAUUCACUUCCACUCUGGUCCCUUGGUCAACACCCUGCCGCCCAUCGUUGACCCCGACCCUUGUCUCUCCUGCGACCUGAUGGACGGCCGUGAUGCCUUCCUCACUCUGGCCAGAGAUAAGCACUGGGAGUUCAGCUCCCUCAGGCGGUGUAAGUGGAGCACCAUGUGCAUGCUGGUUGAAUUGCACAACCAGGGACAGGAUCGUUUUGUCUACACUUGCAACGAGUGCAAGCACCAUGUGGAGACACGUUGGCACUGCACCGUGUGUGAGGACUUUGAUCUUUGCAUCAAUUGUUAUAACGUGAAGGGCCACGAGCACCAGAUGGUGAAGUGGGGCCUCGGCCUGGACGACGACAGCAACGGCCAGAGUGGAGAGGCCUCCAAGAGCCCGCAGGAGAGCCGGCGCCUGAGUAUCCAACGCUGCAUCCAGUCCCUGGUCCAUGCUUGUCAGUGUCGCAAUGCCAACUGCUCUCUGCCAUCCUGCCAGAAGAUGAAGCGAGUGGUUCAACACACAAAGGGCUGCAAGCGCAAAACCAAUGGUGGCUGCCCCGUUUGCAAGCAGCUUAUUGCUUUAUGCUGUUACCAUGCAAAGCAUUGUCAGGAGAACAAGUGUCCUGUCCCGUUCUGCCUGAACAUCAAGCACAAGCUUCGCCAGCAGCAACUGCAGCACAGGCUCCAGCAGGCCCAGCUGAUGAGGAGGAGAAUGGCCACCAUGCAGGGAAGAACCAUGCCGCUGCCAUCCCCUCCGACCUCAGCUGCUCCCAGUACCCCCACUUCCCAUGGCCAGCCUAACACUCCCCAGACACCCCAGCAGCCACUCUCUCAUCAGCCGCAGGCGCCCAACUCAGCAGGCAUCAUGGCCCCUUCUUUUUCCAAUGCACCUCGCAAUGGCCAGCCUCAAGCACCAGUAUCCCAGGGCAAGCCUGGGCCCCAGGCCUCCCCUCUACACCAGCAGCAGUCUCCUCUCCCCCAGCCGCCCCAGCCAGCUCAGCAGAUGCAGCAGCAGCCUCCCCUUGCUGCAGUAAAGAUGGCGCGGCACAUCGAGAUGAUGGCUCAGGCCCAGCAGAACCAGCAGAGCUACCGGGUCAACAUGAACGGCUUGCCCAUGAACCCCCAGCAGCCACAGCAGCGCAUGACUGGACCAAUGCAGUCACCCAUGCAAAUGGUGCCUGGGCCCAGGGGGCCACAAGUCAUGCAAACCGGCAUGGCCCCAGGACAGUGGCCCGGAGCUGCAGGGCCCAUGCAGGCAGCUCAGACUCAACAACCAGGUCUCGUCCCAGGCCAGACGCCACAGCAGGCCAUGACCAUGCAGAGAGCCAUGAUGCUACCAGGGCAGCAGGGUCAGAGGAUUCUGAUAACACAGCAGCCAGGUGCUCGGCCACAAACACCCCAGAGACCUGGUGCUAUAGCUCCCAAUGCCCUGCAGGACCUCCUACGCACCCUCAAGUCUCCUAGCUCACCGCAACAGCAGCAGCAAGUUCUCAACAUCCUCAAAUCAAACCCUCAGCUAAUGGCUGCUUUCAUCAAACAGCGAACAGCCAAGUACCAGGCCAACCAGCCACAGCAAGCAGGUCAGCAACAACAGCCUGGCAUGCCUGCAAUGCAGGCCAUGGCCAUGCCAGGAGGAGCAGUGCAGAGGCCGGGGAUACCGACACAGCAGCCGCAGCAGCCUCCUGCGCAGGGCAUGGCAGCUAUAGGGGCUCAAGGACAGCUGAUGAACAACAACCCCCAGCUCCAGGAGCUCUACCGUCGGCAGCUCUUAAGACAACAACAACAACAACAACAACAGCAGCAGCAGCAACAACAGCAGCAGGGAGUGAUGCCUCAGGGCCACCCUGGCCAGUUCCCUGCACAAACGCAGGGUACAGCAGCUACAUACUCCCAGAUCCGCAUGCAGCAGCAGCAGCAAAUAGCCAUGCAGACAGGCCCAGGAGCAGCUGGGGGUCCCAUGGGCCAGCUCCCAUCCUUGUCUCAGAUGGCCCAGCCAAGCAUGGGGAUGGACCCCAGCCAGAACUUGCUGCAUCAGCGAAUGCUCCAACAGCAGCAGCAGCUUCCCCAGCAGCAGCAGCAGGCCGUCCUCAAGCAGCAGAUGGGCUCCCCCGCCCAGCCCAGCCCGAUGAGCCCCCAGACCCACUUGCUGGCUGGCCAGCCCCAGGGUGGAGCCCACCUUCCUGGUCAGCCCACACUAGCCAACACCCUCAGCAGCCAGGUCCGUUCCCCUGCGCCCGUCCAGUCCCCGUGUCCGCCUUCGCAACAGCAGCCACAUUCCAGUCCAUCGCCGCAGAUCCAACCCCAGCCCUCGCCACACUCGGGUUCCCCGCACCCGGGACUCGGGGGCUCAAUGCAAUCCAUGGAGCAGGGACACUUGGGGACACCAGAACAGAGUGCCAUGCUGCCGCAGCUUAACACACCCAAUAGAGCGGGGCUGAACAGUGACUUGGGGAUGGUGGGAGAUGCUACAGGGGACACUCUGGAGAAGUUUGUGGAGGGAUUGUAGCAUUUCUGCUGGGAACAAAAUCUCACUCCCAGGGACCCAUCCUCCCAAUGCUCUUCUUCCUCCUAGCUUCCCUUCGGACUCUUUAUGCUGUUCGCUUUGUUCUUUCUAUGGUUGAGAAUGUUUUUUUUUGUACUGAGUAAAAAGUUGUUGUAAAAAGAAAAUUUGGUUGAGAAAAAUACAAAACAAAAAAAAACACUUCUGUUUCCUAAACCCAAGUGGAAGGUUGUUUCCUCAAGAUGUUGAGGUAUUUGCAAGAUGCUUCUAAGAUUAAAUUUAAAUCACAAAGAAUAUAUUUUUUGGUUGAGACCAAAUGUGUUCAAUACUCAAUUUUAUUUCUGGUUUGUUUUUGGUAUGUUUCAUGCCUUUCUCAUUCUUCUUUCUUUUUUUAAGGAAAAUGUACAAUUUCAUUAUAUUAUUCAUAUCUUUUUAUUUUGUACCUUUUGGAAAAAAACUUUAAGCAUAUUUGUGUUGAAACUGUAAAAUAAUUUGUCUGGGAAUUGGGCCAGGUUUUUGUUCUCAAACUGUCACUCCUGGCAAUGUAAUCUAGUGUUGUACCAUUACUCCAAGACGAUGCGUUCAGGGACUGCUCCCUUCCUCUUUGUGUGUAUGAAGAGCACUCAGUUGUAUUACAACUAGGAAAUGGACUGCGCCAGGUUGUGUAUACAUGGGCAUGUAUGCAGGCACACAUGAAGACACUGACACAAACCCUCACAGUCACUAAGAGAAACACAGCUUUGACUGGUUUCACCAACAAAGAUGACAAAGGACUGCAAUCUACAUCUCAGUGGCCUGGAAUUUGAAAAAAAGAAGUGUCUUGCAGGUGUAGAAAAUUGUUGCUUUGACAUUAAAAAGAAUUUGUCAUACAUUUUUGUCAUACAAAUAUUGUAAAGUGUAAAGAGAGUGUGAGAGAGAGAGACCAGCCCCCUAAGCUGAGGUGGAAUGAUCACCGGUUGUUUGUAGGCCACAUCUCCCAUGGUGCCCCUUCCUCUAAAUUGUACACUAAGUCGUGUGUUAUCUAGGGAUGAAGGACACGUUUGAGAAUCACCCUGGAAAAAUGUUAAAUGUUUGGUCAACCCUCAUUCCUCUCACACGAAAACUUGAAUUAGGGGGAUUUACUUUUUCUCCUAUUGUACAUCAAGUUAUUAAGCAAAAUACUAUAAAUAUAAGGAAGAGAGAAUGAAAUCACUGUAUAUACUGGUUAAAGACUCAUUUCUUACUUAUAUACCAUAUUGUUAAAUAAACUGUGUGCAGCAGAAGAA